AUGGAUGUUUUCGAGAGCACAGAUUGCAUGUCAACUGAACUUGUUUUCUCUCCCAAGCUUCAGAACGCGAGUACACCCCUUGAAAAGAAACUACAGAGUAGGAAAACUGGAAGUGUUCCUGUUUUCAAUUGUUCCGAUAAUGAUAGUUCCGACAAUCACGCAGAAGUUCAAGAAGUUGCUGAGUGUCCUUCUGUGUCUUCGGAGAAAGAACUCACAUUGAAAACAGCUGCAGUAGAAAGUGGAAACCUCGAAACUGUUCAACCUAAUGAGGAAUGUUCAACCAACAUUUCAAAAGAAAAUGAAAUCGCGUCCACAUCUCAUAAUCAGUCAGAAGAAAACGAAGCUACAUCUAACGGGGCCACGUCUAUUAAUCGGAAAGCUGAAACCUCAAUGACGGAAAUGUUGGACGAAGCGGAAGAAGAAGAAAGUUGUCAACCAAAUCAAGAAGACACCAAAUAUGCAAAAAAACGACAACGGACUAAGAGCCCUGAGACAAUGUGCCACGGAAUGAGUACGGUUAUGACGAUGCAAAACGAUCAAGGAAUGAGUACUGUUUUGACUAUGCAAAACGAUCAAGGAAUGAGUACUAUUAUGACGAUGCAAAAUGAUCAAGAGGAACAACAUGAUUAUAUGCAGGAAGUUGAGAAAGAAAACGCAGUACAAAAACGAGGAACCCUGCAACCGCAACAACGCCAACUUGCGAGAGAAUCUCGAGUUUCCCGCCUUUCAGUAAUGUCAGCCGCUUCUUCUUGUCAUGAUUCCAUCAAUAGUGCAAUGGAGGAUAUGUCUCUUGAUCAAAAAUAUCUAGAAGAAACAAUGGGUGACGAUGUUGGGAGAUCACAACUUUUUGAAUCACGUGUUGACUCCAGAAACGUACCAACUGGAAUGACUAUUCACAAUGAAGAUCCAUCGUUGCUUCCAUUUUAUCUUGCUGAUGGAACAUUUGAAGUUGCACCAUCUACAAUGGGACAGUUACUUCAUGUUGCUGGACAAAAAGAAGCGAAAACUUGGUCUAGUCUACCCAAAACCGCAUUAGACGGAAGGAGAGUGAAGAAGCUCGGCGAAGGAUCCUAUGGAGAAGUAUUCUCGACAGUUUGGGAAGGGAAACCCGUCGCAAUUAAAGUUGUUCCAUUUGAAGCUGAUGAGAACAAUCGAUUGUAUACUGGAGAAUAUCAUUCAGAAAGAAUGCAAACCGCAGAUCAAAUUCUACCUGAAUUGAUUGUAAUGAAGGAACUGAAUCAGUUGAAAAAUAUGACAUCUCUUCAUUCCACACCUAAUUUUAUUGAACUGAUAGCAGCAGAAAUUGUGACAGGAAACUAUCCGAAAGGAUUGCUGAAAGCCUGGGAUACCUAUACUGCAUCCGUGAAAGAAUCUGAGAAUACAAGACCAGAUAUCUACUCGUCUAAUGAUCAGAAGUUCAUCGUAAUUGUAUCGGCAAAUGGUGGAGUUGCAUUGGAAGAUUUCGUGCUGAAAAGUGAAAACGAAAUGCUCUCAAUUCUACAUCAACUUAUUCUCUCGAUGCUUGCUGCUGAAUCUCUGUUAGAAUUUGAACAUAGAGAUUUACAUCUUGGAAAUGUUCUGAUUGAUCGUUGUGGAGUAGAAGAGCUCGAUUACAUGAUUGGUGGUCAUAAAAUUCCUUUGAAAGCCCAUGGAGUUAAAGUGAAUAUUAUUGAUUUUACACUCAGUAGAAUCUCGAAAGGACCUACCACAGUUUUCCUAGAUCUCGAGAAUGAUCCAGGUGUUUUCGAGGGAACUGGAGAUCCACAAUUCGAUGUCUACCGUCAAAUGAGAGCCAACUGCAACGGAAACUGGAUUAAAUUCGAAAACCGGACAAAUCUGAUGUGGAUUGAGUAUAUAGCCCACUGUCUUAUUGACACAGAAAUCUGUCCGGAGGGCAUGUUAACGAAAAAACGAAAAGAGGAGCUUCGACAGCUUUUCAAACAACUCGGACAGUUUGAAUCGUGUCAAGCAUCGCUCAUGGAUACCGAUUUCUACGAGAAAUUCUACAUCGGUUACUUUGGAGAUGUAGCGAAACCCCAAGAAGACAUUUAUUCUGAUUCAGAAUAG